CGCCGACGAGUCUAUUUCGAGCCAGACGACACCGCUUCCGAGGAGCUCUGGGACAAGCGCUGCUGUACCGGAGCCAAGCUGGUGGCCGCGAUGCUGGGCUCGGAUGAGGAGGCGGGAAAGAUGUAUCAGGACCAGAGGACACCCCCAUCGCUGGCAAGCAGGUGGCAAGGAGACCUGAAACAGGAGUUGGAGACAUGGGGCUGGAGGAAUGCCGACGCAGAUGAAGAAUUUUGCGCCGAUUUCGACGAGUACUGGCAUACGGUCGACUCGAUGGAAGCACUCGGACUCAAUAGGCGCCCAAAGUCGGAGGGUGGUGACAACAUUUGCUAUCGCGUUGAACACGGUGAUACCCAGAAAAAGGACGACAAGGAUAACAGAGUCCCGAUUUACAAACAAACGUACAAGGUUGGCGACAAAGAGUACACGGCUACGGGCGCACACUUCCAAGGGGCCGUAAAUCCGGUUGGUGGAGUGAUAUUUGGUCAGUAUCUCUUGAGUGCACCGCAUGCUGCCGAGGAAUACUGGUAUCGUAAGCCAAAGGUCGAUGAGCUCCCAGAGUUGAGAGCAAUGUCCGACGUCAUGUGGGGCUGGUGGAACAGAGACAAUCCCAAUAUUCGCAACAUUCGUUACUUCUGGAUGCAACAAAUAGCGAAUGAGGACACCCUCCAACUCAUCGCUAGUGCUCUGAAGAACGCUAAGAAGGAGUUGAGGGGAUGGCCUGGAACAACUUUCGAUCUCAACUCCAAGGAAGGGCAAGCACUUCUAGGAUCCCCAAAUGGCGCCGGUUUUGGCUACUUCCUUGCGCAGCACAAGGCCCAGCUGGGCAACAAGUGGAUUUCGAAAGUCACGGUAUUCAUCGGCAACGAUAAUGUGGCUGAUUCCGUCAGUAUCGCAAAUGCAGACCUCCUCUUCCACGUAGAGGAUGCGCCCGAGAAAGAACCGGAAGAC